CGGGCGAGUCUGUAUAUUGCGUCAUAUUUACGCGACGCUGUUUGAACGAGCAGCACGAAAAGGCUUUGUAUGGGAAUUGGCCGAAGAUUUAUUAAAUUAAUAGUUUAAUAAACUCCAGCAACAUGGGUCCAGUUGAGCUGCUGCACAUGUCCGUGUUCUCGCAGAGUUUCUCUCCCUGCGGUCGCUUCCUGGCAGCGGGGAACAACUACGGAGAGAUCGCGCUGUUCAGUCUUUCAGCAGCACUGAGUCCAGAUGCAUCAGAGGGGAGCCAGAAGCCCAUCCUUAACUUCACUGCUCAUGAUGGUCCGGUGUUCUCUCUUCUGUCCACGGACACUCAUCUGCUGAGUGCUGGGAACGGAGAGAUCAGUGCCUGGAGUUGGGCAGAGCUCAUCAAAAAAAGCACCAAAGCUGCAUGGACAAGGAAACCCAGUUAUGAGACUAGUCUUGAAAUACCAGAGAUCAAUGCAAUGAUCAUUAACCCAAAGGACAACAGCUUGAUAGUUGGAGGAGGUGACAAUAACAUUCACAUCAUGGACAUGGAGACUGGCAUCUUUAAGUCUGUACUGAAGGGCCACACUGACUACAUCCACUGCCUGUGCUUUAAAGAAAGGGAAGAGGAGAUCCUCUCUGGAGGGGAGGAUGGUGCCGUGAGGAUAUGGGACUCACGGACAAACCGCCCAGUUCACUGUAUUGAAGUUUUCAAAUACGAGGAAUGCGCUCGUGCUCUGGAGUGGAUUAGCUGUCUUGCUACGGACUCUGAUUGGAUGCUCUGUGGUGGAGGCCCAUCGCUUUCAUUAUGGCACCUCCGUUCCAUGUCCCCCACCUCUGUCUUCCCAUUGCCCGGCUGUCAAAGGGAAGCUGUCUUUCACCAGGACCUGAUCAUGUCAGUAGGUGAGGGUCCAUACGUGUCCCACUGUUUACAUGGAGGGACAGUGAAAGCUCAGAUUCCCUGCACUCCUUCCUCACUCAACACACUGGCUCUCAAUCUCAAGAACACUGAACAUAGGGUUAUGACAGUAGGGGGCAGCAGUCACCAAAUUGAUGUGUUCACCAACUUCAGUUACAGAGCCUUUUCUCUCUCAUUUUGAGCACACUUCAACAUUUGUUUGAGUUUGAUUUGAAGUCUGAGGCUGACUCUUGAAUUACGAUUUGAUAGAAUGCAACUAAACAAAUGUAUUUUUAUAAGAAUUCGUUUUUUGGUUAUUGUUCGCUUGUGUGUGUUUUUAGCUUUACAUUUGAAUCAUGCAUUUUACCCUGAAAAGGGCUUUGAAGGUGCACUUGGUCGUUUUUGUGUUACACUAGUAAAAUACACAAAGUAUAGUAUUACUCAUGUACAUUAUUAUUUUUUUACAAUUAAAAUAUAGAAAAAUUGUGUUAGAUUUACAAUGUUAAUUACUGUAUCUAAACGGUAUUAUCUCAAGGAAAAUGGUCAAAACACCGGGUAACAGAAAUGCGUGUGAGCAGUAUCAGUUGGUCAUUUGUCAAAACAGCAGCAUGAGGCGACCGGCUCCAUGUAAAAAUACAUUUUAUUAAGCUGCUGAUAUAACUGGAAAAUUCAUUUCAUGUAUGUCAUGAUCAUUUAAAAAAAAUCU